GACAUUGUCUUUACACCAUCGAAACAUGGGCAUCGUGCACACCGUGUUGCUGGUAUGCCCAAACGCCAAUUCACAGACCGGGCUGUGUCAUCUGCCAAUGUCAACGUCGUGAGGCGUCUUCGUCUUGAUGACAUCAUCAACGACGUCGGCGUCUUGCCUUCUGAUGAUGGCGCAGGACCGGCGUGUGGGUCUCCUGAUCCUUCACUUCGGGGUCAUUCGCCACCGGCAACUCGUACGGACGAUCGUUAUGUUCCGGUGGACAUGCUUUCGUUGCCGUCGUGCGAAGGCAGUGAAGGGGGGGGGGGUCGUGUUGCUCGUUCAUCGGACGUCGACUUGCCUGUCGGAGAAGACACCGCGAUAUCUGCCUUGUCCAUGUUGUACGGUCUGUACGAGUUUGUGGUGAUGCCUUUUGGCCUAUGCAAUGUGUCUGGUACGUUCCAGCACGCGAUGAAUAGGAUCUUUCAUAACUACUUGGACAAGUUUAUCGUCGUGUACCUCGACGAUAUUCUUAUCUUUAGUAGGAUUGUAGAGGAGCACGCUGAACACUUGAAAACAGUGCUAGGACUCCUAAGACAGCACCAGUACAAGGUAAACUUGGAUAAAUGCGAGUUUGGUCGCACCAAGAUCUUGUAUUUGGGUCAUGAAAUUUUAGCAGAUGGAUUGAGGCCGGAAGAUGCGAAAGUGGCCAGCAUACGUGACUGGCCCAUACCUCAAACUGUUACAGAGGUCAGAUCGUUUUUGGGGAUGACGGGCUAUUAUCGUCCGUUUGUGAAAAACUAUAGUACUAUAGCUUCCCCAUUAACAGAUCUAACUCGACUUGACACCCCUUGGGAGUGGACUGAAGAGUGUGAGGCAAGCUUCAAGAAAUUUAAGUAUGCUCUAACGCACUAUGAAGUUCUCAAACUUCCUGAUCCUGACAAGCCAUUUGUUGUGACCACAGACGCUAGCCGAUAUGGCAUAGGCGCGGUCCUUGCGCAACAGGAAGGGCCCAAGUUGAGGCCAAUCGAGUACAUGAGCAAGAAGAUGCCAUCUCAGAAGUUGGCCAAGUCCACUUAUGAGAGAGAGUUUUACGCCCUGUACAGAGCGCUAGUUCAUUGGAGACACUACCUCCUAGGAAGAUUCUUCUAUGUGAGGUCGGACCAUGAAACUUUGCGCUGGAUUAAGACACAGCCAGUCUUGUCGGACGCACUCAAGAGAUGGAUUCAAGUGAUAGACAUGUAUGACUAUCAACUUGAUCCUAUCAAGGGGGCAGCAGAGGCCCAGCGACGAUAUCGGACGGUGAUAUUUGCUGUGAUGGACCUAUCUUCCACAACGUGGAUGGUGUGGAGAAAACGACACGUUUCGUUAACACUGGGGCCUGCGCCUAUGGUCCUUGCUCGGGUGGUAACUGGAACUAUGCCAAGUGCGGUCGGAACUUCUACACCUCAGGAAGCCGUGUCUGCAGGAGAAACCUGCAGGAGCCGGUUUACGGCGAGUGCGUCCUAAUCGAAAUCACUCAGGCUACGUACACCGACAACACCAAUUGGAAGGGGGAGGACUGUAUCAUCAUCAGGACAACUUGAAGCCCAUGAACAUGAUGAGGAUCAAAUAAUGGAGGUCAGGGCGUUUCUUCCAAGUCUCACAAGUCACGUCGGAGAAGUCUCAUAAGUCACGUCGGUGAAGUCUCAUAAGUAACAUCGGUGAAGUCUCAUAAGUCACGUCAGAGAAGUCUCAUUGGCUUGUCACACACGCAAGGUUUUUUUUUUAAGUCAAGAUCAAUUCCUCGAAAUGAGUGAGAGGCGCGGAGAAGAUUAUGACCGCGACCACAGUCAUCCAUCCACCAGUCAUUCAGUGCAAACCAGGAAGAGAGGAGGAGAGCCUAGGAGAUAUUCCACUUCUCUUAAAUGUGUUCGUCCUUGGCCUGCUCGGCUCCUUCUUUGUCCGCUCGUAGAACAGCGAGAAUGACAUGCGGAUGCCGGGAAGAAGUUAAUGAAAUCGGUAUGGAGGAGCGGAAGAUAGAUGGGGAGGAGGGCGGGGCAAUGGUGAGGAGGAGGGUGAGGAGGAAUACAGGAAGACAGAGAGGAAGAGCCUAGGAGGAGGAGGAGGAGGAGGAGGAAAAGGGGAACAAGAUGGUGGUAUGGGACCGACAAGCACCUCCUCUCCUCCUCCUCGUCGGCCUCCUCCCCCUGCCCUUUUGCAGAAGCUUGAUGUCCCCUGGGAUGCAGUCAUCUCUUGUUUUAUUUUCCAUUCUUGAUUGAAACCCAUCGUCGUGAGGUAAAAAUAAAAAUAAAAAGGUCAAAAUAAAAAUAAAAAGGAAAAACUGACCGUGGGUCACAUUCUUAGCUCGAAAUGGGCAGAAAAAAACAGGUACCAGGAGCGGAGUCCAGACUUGGCAAAAAAGGCAGACACAUGGGCAAUUAUUUUUGCUGUUUGUUUGUUUCAGGCCCUCUGCACACCACGGCCAGCCUUUGUAGUUAUGGCAUGGCAUUGUGGGCUUAUUACGAAUGGCCGCGUGAAGUUGGCAGCCUUUUCUACUGGAGCCGUUCAGGGACCUGUCCGAACUUGUAUUUUCUUGUCUGUUCCAGGUUCGCAUUGGGGGUCUUGAAUGCUUAAGGGGACUCUACAAGUUUCCUGACUGCGGAAUCUGGUCACCAAUUUCAGAUACGCCCUGGGUCAACAUUGCCCUUCCUGCCAAUUGAUCUUCAAGUCUAAUUAAUAUAUUGCUCGUCAAGUC